AUGUCUAAUCGGGCGGAAGUUAGCGAUUAUAGGUGGGGAAUAGGCAGAUUCGGGAGAGCUGUGGAUAGGGAAAUUGAGGAGCGCCAGCGCGAUAUGGCCCACGUCCAAAUGCUUCGCGAGGCCGCAAUGCAUGAAGAUGUUCCGGCAAUUGAAGUCUCGGAGGAAUCUCCGUCAUUCAAUUUCACAGAAACCGGUGGAGCCGAUCAUAUGUCUCUCCAAGAAAAAGUGCUUUACUACGCCAUGUUUAUCUUGCACUUUGGCUUGUCCGAUGAGGAAAUCAAGCGCAUGGAAGAGCUGAUGGAAGUACUUUACGGCACAGCACCACCAAUUUCUGUAUAUGAACAACAUGUUCGGCAGCUAUACAGAAAUCUAUUAAACGACUACAACAGAAAGCGCUAUUUUUUCUGCACCGCCUGCGGCUAUCCAUUGCGCGAAUGGAGGAACCUUUGCGAAAAUGUUGGCUGCGCACUUUAUCGAGUGUGCAUCAAAAGAGCUAAAUCGGUGCAAAGGACUGAAAUUCAUGUACUUAAUAUCGUCCCCCAGUUGAUAGAUAGCAUAACCAACCAAAUCGAGCAAAUCAUCAACUUCCAUCGCAAUCUACAUGAAGCCGAGGCUGACAGGGGCGAAGAUAGAAGUGAUACACGUCUGUUUACUGGAUAUCGUGAAGCUAUUGAGAGCGCGAAUGAAUUUUUUGCAUGUCGGCUGCGAAUUCUCCUUUCCCUUUCCGUGGAUGGCUUUAUUCCUAGGCGCCUAUCGCGUCGCGAGGUGUGGCCACUCUACCUCCGUAUCGAAAAUAUAGCAAGGGCAGAAGGCGACAACUUCUAUAAUACUCUGCUUGCGGGUGCUUUGUAUACUCCAGCAAAGCCUUCUGAUGCAAUGAUGGAAACUCUCUUUAGCAGAUUGGAAUCUGAACUGAGUGAUCUGCAAGCAAACCCUAUCGCAGUGGAUAUGGACGGGAGUACAUGGACAGUGGAGGUCCAUCUGUACCGUGGGAUCGCUGAUAUGGCCGCCCACAAAAUCCUAUAUGGAGUACCGGCGUGGAAUCGCGAUUACGGCUGUUCAAAAUGCAAUAUGAAAGGAAUAGUGCAAGGACGACAACGUAUGUGGUUGGCUGAGCGAGAGGAAGUCACUUCGCUUCGAACACCGGAAUCAUACGCAGAAGACGCGCGGAAUUAUGGGCAAUUCGGCAUAUUGCGAUCCUGCUUCCGUGUGCUUUCACUUCGGAUGCGCUACACGUCUGCUCUGAAGUGUGACCAGGGACCGAAUAAGAGACAUGUUCGAAUCGUCGUCUAA